AUGAGUAAGAAGCGGUCUCAAAAGGCCUAUAAUGAUGUGAUUGAGUUUAUGAACCCUAAGAUUCCUCCUGAUAUCGAAGAUGAAAUCUUAGGUGCGUUUGCAACGUAUAGCAUCGAGUCCGAUAUGACUUCGCAGAAUUUACCGGAUUUUUAUAACGAUUUGCAAAUGCCACGGGAGUUUACCAAGAUGCUCAACGUUCAAAAUGUGUGCAUCGAAGAUACGAAUAUUGUGAGUUUUGACAAGCUGUUGAAGAACACCUUCCAUCUGCUUAUUUUCAUGAACAAUGCCGAGGUCAUCGACACGCAAUGGUCCAUGCUGGUUGUGGCCUGCGGGAGAGACAAACAAUUUCCAACAGUGGCUCUGCGAAACCAUGUUCUGAGCAUUAAAGACCUCCAAAAGAUCGCCAACGGCAUCAACAUGGAUAACGGCGCUUUGUUGGAUAUGCUGAGCUGUGCCACAAGUGGGAAAAGAGUGUAUUUAACGUGGCUAGAUUUCUCAUUUGUAUUGGGGAAACUCGGCCAUUUGGUGUUUUGA